CAGACCCAGAAAACCAGACCCUGGACCGACAUAUCUUGCCGCCCGUAAGCCGGAAAGAGGCCAUUCUUUCCCCCUCCUCGAAUAACCCGCUUUCCAGCUCCCCGAACGUCAUCUGUUAUGGCCGUCCGCCGGUAUGGGCCUGUUCCUAGCCACCUAGACACUGCUCCGGCGACGCUGUUAAAUUAGACUUCUGCAUUCCAAGGGAAGAAUCGUCCGCUCUUCGUCGAUUUGGGUGCUUUUUUCCUGCGCAAAGAUAAUGCCGCGCGAAGGCAGUCGCGGGCGAUUACGAUCCCACGAAGCUUGUCUGAACUGCCGGAGGAAGAAGGUCCGGUGUCCCGCCGAGAAGCCGUCGUGCUCCAGCUGCGUUCGCCUCAAUCAGGCGUGUCUCUACGCGUCCGCCCGCAGGACAUCCCGGGGCGACUAUUCGGACGACAGGCUAGCAUUCCUCGAAGAGAAAGUAAAUCUCCUCUUGAGUGGCUCCAGACCCAUCCAGUCCGGCAUUCCGGAAGAACCGGCCGAUGAACCAAGUGAUAUUUCUCCCCAGUCGUCGACGACCACGCAGGCGGCGCCAGCCGAGUUGAACCAUGCCAUCCAUGACUCGAUCUCGCCCGGUUUUAACUUCGAGAAUGUCAAUCUACACCCCUGCUCGUCCGCCAUCGUGAAAGCAGUCGAUCUCUACUUUGAUUAUUGUCAUCGCCAGCCCAUCUGGUGCUUCGGCCGUGAGGAUGUCGAGGAUCUGAGUUGCCUGUCCGAGGAACUCGUCUGCAGCAUCAUCGCGCUAACCUCUCGGUUCUCGCGAGAGCGCGAUCAGCUGCAGCGCUAUGGCGACUAUGCCCGACAUCUGGUGAUGCUGCGCGUGGCCAGCGGGACGGUGGAGUUGGAGACCAUGGAGAGUCUCUGCCUGCUCUCGUACUGUGCUUUUAUGGACGGAAACCUCCAGCUCGCUCGAUUCCAUCUCGGCAUGGCGUUCCAGCUCUGUCGCUCCGCCCAACUGGACCUCGAGUCCACGUAUAACAUGGGUACGCAGUCUGCCGACCGCAAAAAGAGACUGUUCUGGACGUUGCAGACGCUCGAGCAGUCGUACGGGCAGCAGAAUGGCAUUCUCAGCCACUCGGGGGAAAGUCUGCGACCGUUCUACGUGUCUGCGGUCGGCGACCAGGGAGAUUCCAGACUGCCGUCUCUGCCUCGCGACGAGAUCGGCUGUGCCGGCUCCGACGACAUGGGGAUCUGGAACCUGACGGCGCAUUUUGGCUGGGUCUGGAGUCGAGUCCGCACGUACGUGUCCGACGUGGCGCAGAACCGACUGAAGGAGCCGUGGCGACACGACUCGAUGUACGCGAUGAUCCAGUCCGAUCUGACGGAAAUGGAGAACAAGCAUUCGCAUUGCCAUCGAUACGAGUCGGUCAAGUUCUACGAGCGCCGCCCCGACGAACUGCGAGUCAAUCGCGACUACUGGGUGCCAUGGUUGAAGCUACAGUUCACAUACCACUCCAUUCUCACCGUGCUCAACCACCCCUUCCUCUACAUCGCGGCGUCGCAGUACAACGACAACCUCACUAUUCCGAACACCUUCUGGCGCCGAUCCUCCGAGCUCGUGCUGCUGCAUGCCACCUGGGUUGUGCGGCUGAUCGACAUGGUCACCGACAAGAAGCUGCAGCUCGUGGAUCCCUUCUUCGGCCAGGCAGCGCUGAUCGCAGCCACCGUUCACCUCUACUAUUGUUGUGCUGCUGACCCUAGACUAAAGCAAAAGUCGAAAGUGGAUCUGGCCAAGUGCCGACGAUUUCUGCAGCGCUUCGUCUGGUUCUCCCCGGCCUGCAGUGCCCUGAAUCAAAUCCUCCGCCGAAUCACGCGCAUUGCCGGAGCAGAGUCAAUCGAUUCCAACUGGGCGCCCUCCAAAAUCCACCUGAGUAUCCCCUUUAUGUGGGCAGUGUUGCAGGUGGACGGGUGUAUCCCCCGGGGCCUAUCCACCGACGGCGUCCUGCAUCCCUCUCUGGCGCCCUCUCGCGAGGACAUUGACGAAGACUCGACACCCACGCUGGAGGUGAUCGUAGCGAUGUCGCCCGAAGUGACCGUCAACACGGCGGACGGAGGCCAAGCCGCCCACAUGGCCCCGCACAUGGUGUACAUCUCGUCCGCUCCGACAUCGCGCCAGGAUAUUCCCCUGACCGAUCGGCUGGUCGCUCCGGCUGACAGCCUGAUGUUCAACACGCCGUGGCUAUGGACAGAUCCGGGGCAGCUGGUGGACAUGGACGGCAUGGGAUAUCAGGAGUCAGAGCCGGCGAUGGGUGAUAUCGAAGGGUUCUCUACGUGGUGGGAUUUUGGGAACUUGUAAAGGAUGAGGCUCUCGAUAGAAAAGAAAGGCGUUUGGAAGAAGGAUCCUGGGAGUUCUUUGCAUACUCAAGCCAAUGUACAUGUUUUGUUGCACAUGAAAGAC